CUGACAUUCUAGGUAUUCCUUGAGAUUGCGGCUACAUUGUAAUGAUGGCAGGGAAGUUUUGAGUGUGUGUGCUGAGCAGUCGCCGCCCCGCGGGUGCAGAUGCGGCUCCCCUGAUGCUGCUGCUGUAGCUCCCGUUACCGCCGCUGAGUGGCGCUGUUCAGAUGCUACGCGCUCAGCAGCCAUGAUGAUAAGGUCGGAAAUAAGACAACGCCACAGUAUCUUUUACAGUCUAUGAACCACACGAGAAGCGGCACAGGGAUUUUUCCAGAUUCUUGUAUUUGUUGUUCAGAUGUGGAUUUUCGAUAUAUUUUCUUAGAUAGCCUACAUGUUUAAUUGUGGAUUUAAAGCAUGGGUAAAGUGUCGUUUUGAACCUAAUCCGCGGAUAUGUCCGUCAGAAAAGAAGUAUUCCAGUCUAAGGUCCUGCAAAGACUGUAUGCUGCAGCACAAGGUCCAAGUGUGUUACAACCUGCUGCACAGGAGAGCAGUGCACUUGCACCUGUGCCACCUGUACAAAAAUCUCAGUCCAUCCCAUCCAACACAUCAGGUAAUGUGAAGAGAACAGCUGUGCAGGGUAAAAAGCUCUACACUGUACUUCCUCCUCCUGAAGGCUACUUCAUUACUAGCGGGGAUAAUUCAGUCACAGUGUCCAAUCCAGAUCCCACUGACUCUGAGGACAACCCAGCUGAUGCUGGUGAUCAUGAGUUACAUAAGAAGAGGAAAAGGAGGAGAAAGAAAAAAGUGUUUCCCAGUGCUACAGCAGAAGUAUCCACCCUUCCAGCAGAGGGCGAUGUUGAGGGCCAGGAAGAUGUUGCACUUCCCCAUGAUGGAGAUGACACUGGAAGCUCAUUGAGCACAGAGAGACUGAGCAAGAACAGAAAGAGGAAGAUGAAGAAGAAACGCCACAAAGAGAAACUCCUCGCCCUUGGACUGGUGCCUCAGACGAGAGCUGUCGAAUUCACAUUCGCACAGAAAGAUGAGGGGAAUUCAGAGGAGGUGCUAGACUUUCUUCAGACAACCUUGGAGAUCUACCUCUCUGACCGCAAGUCCUCUGGCUCCAGUGUAGAAAGUAGCCCCCGUCUCUCGCUUUCUGCAGCAGAGGCUCUAUUUUCUCGUCUCUCAGACUCAACGCUGCCCCCUGCUGAGAUCUCCAGGCUGUGUGGCCUCAGGGCUUUACUGGUGAAAAAUGAAGCACAGUUAAAAUCACAGUUGGAACAGUUCAAAGGCACAAGCACUUUACCUGCAGAUGAGGUUUCAGUAGUCUGCUCUCUCGUUGAGUACUGGCUGACAGAAAUUCUGCCCAUGCAGAGCGAACAGAAGACGUGACGCCUCCAGAUUCAGCGUCUAAGAGGAAAACCCCUGUGAACAAGCAGCAGGUCUCUGAUUGUAAUAUCUCAUUAUGAAAGAGAUAUUCACCCAUGCUGUUUUAUAGUGAAGGAAUUUAAGAAACGCAAGAUCAAUCGGCUGCGGCAACAAAUUGGCCUCCUUUUGAAAACCCAGACUGAUGUAUUCUAGUUUAUCUUGCCUUUGCAUUAGUAAUUACUCAUGAAAAAUAUAUUUCUGCACAUUUUUUGCUUUUCAUCGGGCUGGCAUACACUUUGAGAGGACGUUUCGAAUGUAUGUUUGUUGCAAGAACAACGCUAGAUUGACCGUGACGCUGGAUCAUGGGACUUCCACAGCUCAUUAUGAGGAGUCUGUGCUUUAGCCUCUUAGUGACUAAUUAUCUUAACCUCGGGACGUCAGCAGGUCCUCGCUGAUCUCAGAGACUGUUUGGAUCAUGACAUUUAAGCUUUUGCGCUCUAGACUGCUCAUUAACAUUAUUUUACCGAAACAGAGCCUUGUUUACGUUGUUUUUUUCUCCUUUGAAAUGAGAUACUUUUGGGGGUUGAUGUGAAAAGCCACUGUGGCCAUCGGUAAAUCUGUCUAUAAAGUUUUUAAAUGAAUUAUUCACAAGAGGAAA